AUGUCGUUCCCCAACCUAGACAAGGCCACCCUGGGCUAUGUAAUAGAAUUGGCCAAGAACAAGAAUAUCUUGGCUGGCACUGCUGCAGCGCUCUUGAUAAGCUUGAUCCCGCGAUUUAACUCAUGGCUUACCAGGAGGAAGGUCAAUAAUUACCUUACCGACAGCGGUUGGGACUGGGCAAAAGAAAUCGUUGUUGUUACUGGCGGUAGCAGUGGCAUUGGCAAAGAGAUUGUCCUCAAGCUUGUAAAGAAGCACAUCAAGGUCAUCAUUGUUGAUCUGAAUGCUCCAAGCUAUCAACUUCCCCCCAGCGUGUCUUUCUGCUCAGCAGACCUUUCUGACCCCGUUGAAAUCUCCAAAGUGGCCAAGCACAUUGUAUCUGAACAUGGAGACCCGACCGUUCUCAUUAACAACGCCGGAAUCGGCAACGCCAUGUCCAUCCUCGCUUGUCCCGAGUCCAAGAUCCGCAAAGUCUUCGACGUAAAUAUGAUAGCACCGAUACUGCUUGUGAAGCAUUUCCUGCCUGCUAUGAUACGACGAAACCACGGUCAUGUCGUCAACGUUGGAAGUCUGGCUUCUUUUGCCACGCAGGCCAGUAAUGUCGAUUACGGGUGUACCAAGUCUGGACUCCUCGCGUUCCACGAGGGUUUGCUACAGGAGCUGAGGCAUAUUUAUAAGGCGCCACUGGUGCGAGCAAGCAUCAUCCAUCCGACUUGGGUGAAGACACCGUUGAUCGCGGACCUCAUCGCUAAGGGGAAAAUGAAGGAUACCACGAUAUCUGCAGAGUCUGUCGCUGAUAGUGUUGUGAACCAGCUUUACACUGGGUAUGGGGCUCAAGUCGUUGUACCAAACUCUUCAGCUUGGACUUCCAUGAUACGCGGGUUCCCCGGUUGGAUCCAGGAAGGCUUGAGAGAUAAGGUGUCCGUUGGGCUUCUAAAUGCAAUGGAUAGUUGA